AUACUACCCUCCCAAUCCAUAUCCAUAACCGCAGUGUAGGGGACAAUGCCAGAAAAACAACUACAUCUGACCGCAUUUAUGCGGCCGGUCAGUUUACAUACCGGUGCAUGGCGGUAUCCUGGCGCUUAUCCAGAUGCCAACUUCAAUCUCGCCCAUCUCAAGUCCUUCAUCAAGAAGCUGGAGGAGGCCAAGUUUGACGCUUUCUUCAUGGCCGAUCACCUCGCCGUGCUCAACAUGCCGGUCGAGGCACUGAAGCGCAGCCACACGGUGACAUCGUUCGAACCGUUCACUCUAUUAUCGGCACUAUCGGUGGUUACAGAGAAGAUUGGGCUUGCAGCAACGGCAUCCACGACAUACGACGAGCCCUACCAUAUCGCGCGUCGGUUCGCCUCGCUCGAUCAUAUUAGCAACGGUCGCGCGGCUUGGAACAUUGUUACCACUGGUAACCCAGAGUCUGCGAAGAACUUUGGCUUAGAUGCGCAUGUGGAACACGGUGAUCGCUACAAGCGAGCGCGGGAGUUCUACGAUGUUGUCACCGGAUUGUGGGACAGUUUCGCAGAUGAUGCCUUCGUCCGCGAUCCAGAGAGCGGUAUCUACUUUGACCCGGAGAAGAUGCAUGUCCUCGACCACAAGGGCGAUGAUCUAAAGGUGAGAGGACCGCUGAAUAUUGCGCGGCCAGUCCAGGGAUGGCCUGUGAUUGUUCAAGCCGGUCAGUCCGAGCCUGGGAAACAGUUAGCGGGCGAAACAGCUGAGGCGGUUUUCUGCUCGCCGCGAGACAUCCAGUCUGCAAAGGCGCUGUAUGCGGAUAUCAAGGGCCGUGCGGUCGCGGCUGGUCGUGACCGUAACCAUCUCAAGAUCCUACCGGCGGCUUUCAUCGUUGUUGGUGAUACGGUGGAAGAAGCCAGAGCCAAGCGCCUCAAGCUCGACAGUCUAGUUCAUUACGAUAGCGCCAUUGCUUCUUUGUCUAUUGUGCUAGGAACUGAUGUGUCCGGCUUCGAUCCGGAUGGCCCAUUGCCAACUGAACUUCCGGAAACUAAUGCGAGCAAGACUACCCGUGCAGGGGCGAUAAAGCUUGCUGAAGAUGAGAAGCUGACCGUUCGGCAGCUUGCGCAGCGGUAUGGUGGUUAUUCGGGGCUUGCCUUCGUCGGUACGCCUGAAUCAAUCGCAGAUGAAAUGGGUACCUGGCUGGCCGAGGAGGCUUCUGAUGGCUUCACCGUUGUAUUCCCAUUUCUACCACAGGGGUUGGACGAUGUUGUCCAACGGGUGGUGCCUGAAUUGCAGCGUCGUGGCAUUUUCCGUCUGGAUUACGAAGGGACAACUUUGAGGGAACAUCUGGGUCUUCCACGUCCGAAUAAUCGCUUUUUUACAUAGGGAACCUUGUCCUAAUUUAUUCAAGGGCUUACGAUGGUGUAUCAGAGCAAUU